AUGGAGAAGAAUGCAGUGACUUAUGAGGACGUGCAUGUGAACUUCACUCAAGAGGAGUGGGCUUUGCUGGAUCCUUCUCAGAAGAAGCUGUACAAAGAUGUCAUGUUGGAGACCUACAGGAAUCUCAGUGCUUUAGGCUUUAGUUGGGAAGCCCAAAAUAUUGAAGAACAUUGUCAAAGUUCUAGAAGACACAGAAGGUGUGAAAGGAGUCAGAGUGCAGAGAAACCCUCUGAAUAUACUCAACGUGGUAAAGGGUUUGCUUUACAUGCUCACAGUCAUGCCCAAAGGCAUGAAAGGAUUCAUACAGAAAAGAUCCCCUCUGAAGUUAUUCACUGUGUCGAAGACUUUUUACCUUACACAAGUCUCCAAGUACAUAAAAGAACACAAACUAGACAGACACCCUAUGAAUGUAAACAAUGUGGUAAAGGAUUUGCAAUGCCCAGUCGUCUUAAAAGGCAUGAAAGAUUUCAUACUGGAGAGAAACCCUACAAAUGUAAUGAAUGUGACAAAGCCUUUUCAGAGAAAGGUAGUCUCCAAAUACAUAUAAGGAUACAUACUGGAGAAAAACCCUACAAAUGUAAUCAAUGUGAUAAAGCCUUUUCCCAUAAACAGAGUCUCCAAAUACAUAUAAGGAUACAUACUGGAGAAAAACCCUUCAAAUGUAAUCAAUGUGAUAAGGCCUUUUCAACACACAGUUCUCUUCAAACUCAUAGAAGAUCACAUACUGGAAGGAAACCCUUCAAAUGUAAUCAAUGUGAUAAAGCCUUUUCCCGUAAACAUUGCCUGCAAACACAUAUAAGGAUACAUACUGGAGAAAAACCCUUCAAAUGUAAUGAAUGUGAUAAAGCCUUUUCACAAGACAGUACUCUUCAAACUCAUAGAAGAACACAUACGGGAGAGAAACCCUUCAAAUGUAAUCAAUGUGAUAAAGCCUUUUCUGUUAAACAUAGUCUCCAAACCCACAUAGGAAUACAUACUGGAGAAAAACCCUACAAAUGUAAUAUAUGUGAUAAAGCCUUUUUACAACACUUUCAACUUCAAAAUCAUAUAAGAACACAUACUAGAGAGAUGCCUUACAAAUGUAAUCUAUGUGAGAAAGCCUUUUCACGACACAGAAAUCUUCAAAUUCAUAGAAGAAAACAUACUGGAGAGAAACCCUACAAAUGUAAUGAAUGUGAUAAAGCCUUUUCACAACACAGUACUCUUCAAACUCAUAAAAGAACACAUACCGGAGAGAAACCCUUCAAAUGUAAUGAAUGUGAUAAAGCCUUUUCACGACACAGUACUCUUCAAGUUCAUAGAAGAACACAUACUGGAGAGAAACCCUUCAAAUGUAAUGAAUGUGAUAAAACCUUUUCAAAACACAGUACUCUUCAAACUCAUAGAAGAACACAUACUGGAGCGAAACCCUUCCAAUGUAAUGAAUGUGAAAAAGCCUUUUCCCAGCAUUAUAAUCUACAAAUUCAUAAGAGAAGACAUACUACAGAGAAACCUUACAAGUGUAUUCAGUGUGUGUAAGUCUUUUCAAAACAUGGUCAUCUUCAAAAGAAUAAAAGAAUCCACGCUGGAGAAAAAAGCUACGAAGGAAAUGGAUGUGAGCAACCUUUUUACAACGCCAUCAUUUCUGAAUGUAUAAGUGAACAUACUGAAGAGAAAGACUGUGAAUGUGAUCAUAGUCUUAAUCAUCAUGAACAUAUUUGUAGGGGCCAGAAUCCUUCUGAGUAUAAGCAAUGUGGUAAAACCUAUGCUGGGCAGUUAUCUCCUAGUGUGUGUGUGUGUGUGUGUGUGUGUGUGUGUGUGUGUGUGAGAGAGAGAGAGAGAGAGAGAGAGAGAGAGAGAGAGAGAGAGAGAGACCUUAUAAAUAUACACAAUGUGGUAAACCUUUGCAUAUAACAGUUAUCUUUGAAUACAUAAAAGAGCACAUGAUAUAUCUCAGAAUACAUAAAAGAAGACACUGGAGAGUGAAACUGUGUGUGAAUAAUGUGGUAAGAAAUUUGCAGUUGACAUUGAUAUUUAUCUCAUAAUGUAUAAAUUAACACAGACUUGUAAGAAACCUCAUGAAAGCCGGGGUGGUUGCGCACACCUUUAAUCCCAGCACUCAGGAGGCAGAGGGAG